AACUUCUGGUGGCUGGGGUUCGUCCCCCUGUUCGCCGCCGACGGUCUCAGCACCUACUUCACGGCCAUAGUAUCUAUCCGGCUUUACCAGGAAAACGAGAAGCGCCUGGCGGUGCUGCGGCUGCUCUGGGUGCUGACGGUACUUAGCCUGAAGCUGGUGUGUGAGGUGCUGCUGUGCCAGAAGCUGGCGGAGCAGGAGCAAGCCAGAGACCUUUGGUUCGGCCUCAUCGUCUCGCCACUGUUCAUUCUUUUGCAGCUGCUGAUGAUACGAGCAUGCCGAGUCAACUGAGGAGGUUGGAUGUUCUUUAACAUUGCAAGGAGCGCUUUUCAUCUGCUGUUGAGAAAUUGAAAACAUAACAAGGUUGUGUGUUCCAGUUUGGCACCUCCUGUUUUUUUUUUUUUUUUGUGAACAUAUAGUACUUGUAUCAUGUUCCAUGGAUUGCACACUUUAAUUUUUCUUUUGUGUCCCUGUUUCUAAUUGAACCACGCUGAACAAAGACUUUCACUGUGUGUGGUUAUUAGAUGUACAAUACUUCAAAAUGUCUGCUGUAUUUUGGACAAAUCCCUGCCUCUGUGUUAAAGGUAUGAUAAGGAAAGUUUGAUGUGUCCAUUCCAGCAACUUUUAAUAUUAAAGGUUCAAGAAUAGUCACAUUAUAAGAUGCUGAACAUUUGAUUCGCUCCUUAAACUGAAAUGCCAAGAGAGCAAGUUGUAACUCUGCAAGCCAUCUUCAGGCUGGGAUUUCACCCAUAUGUGAGUUAUCCAGUGUGUAUGGCGUGAGAUAUCUGUGUGACAUAAUAGUGCCGCCUCUUUGUGCAAUUUGUGAUAUACAAUAAGCUUUGAAGAAAAAAAAAAGUUGUGCUUCAAAAUGCACACAACAGUGCGACUCAGUGGGAUCAGGAACACGGAAAGAGCAGUUACACCAGAAAUAUUUUUGUCGGAAUAGUUGACAUGAGACCUUGUGACUCAAUUUUUACUUUUUUGUCUGCUGCCCACAGGUUCACACAAAUGAAAAGAAUGUAAACAAAGACAACUGUCUGGUUUUCUUUUUGUUCACUGUCCCCAACAUUCUGUGUUGAUUUCUCUUAUGUUGUUUAUGUUUUGCAUGGAUUCAACGCCUGAUUUGAAAGCAACUCCUGUGUGCAAAAUGUACGUGCUAUGUAUAUGUCAAUUUGGGAAAGAACUUGACAAGAUAUUUAUGUUGUUUUGUUAUUACUGCACAUUUAUCUGUAAAUAAGAUGUAAAUAAACCAAUAUUUAAUCUAUUUUUCUUUUCGAAGUAAAUACUUAAAAGUAACCGGGCCAGACGGAGUCCGUUUUUUUUUGUUUUGGCCACAGGGAGGCGCUUGAGACUUGGCGGUGGGGG